AUGGGGCGGAGCAUCUGCAAAUAGGCUCUUGUUUUAACCACAACCACAUCCUUCAUAUCAUAUUUUCGUCACAAGCACUCUGACUGUGCAUGCUGAUCAGUAGAUUGAUUUUUGUAAACCGAUUCAAUGGGAAUAAUAUCAAGUUUGCAUGUGGACUCUGUACAAUGCAUUUGAGCAGGGCUGACCGCAGAUUUUUUCCCUGUUCCUCCAUGAUGGCUCUAUGGCAAGCCAUAGCCUUGCUUGUAAUUUGUGGACUUAUUGAGUGCAAUGACGGCGUGUGCAGCGUGACAUGCACCACAGACUUUAUCUCCAUGCUCAACUGCUCCAAUUCUGACUCGGCAGGAUCAGCUUCGUGUCACGUUGUGGCAGAUUGCAGGGAUGAAAUUGUGCCUGUGAAUGGGAGCUGCACUAUCAAAGCACCACAAUCCUGGUGCACAAUGGAGCCAGAGGAUAUGGAUAUGAUAAUGUCCUUUGAUACUAACUGCUCUGUCAUAGUAACACAAAUGGCCAAACAAGGCAAUAUGGAGACCCCAACAAAGAGUCACUCUGAAAAUAUUGUUUUAUACAAAUCUGUUAAACCAAAACAACCUUUCAACCUAACCAUUACAAAAAUUGAUGGGGAUUUUAACCUCACUUGGGAUGUGGCUUAUACAGAACACUUUCUGUAUAAAAAAUUAUACUACAGAGUACGAUUGCAAACUACAAGUGACCCAGAUAAGAUGGCACAAAUUUACACCCUGCAGCAGAACCAACGAUCAAUGGUUAUCCUCAGUGAAAAACUCCUGCCAGGAAGGCAGUAUGUGGCAGAAGUUCAGGUUGCAGUGCAUCCUUCAACCUUUACAUCCAUGUGGAGUGAAUGGAGUAACAGUGUUGAAUGGACAUCUGACUCUCCACAGUCAGAACAGUACUAUUUCCUGCUGUUGGCACUUCCUGUUGUGAUGGUGGUGCUGCUUGUGUACAGUGGGAAAUUAGGGGGCAUCAAAAAGCUGUCCUUAUGGCAACACAUCCCAAGCCCUCAUGAGUACUUCACACCACUCUACCAUACAUAUCAAGGAGACUUUAAGAGAUGGGUCGGACCAGUCCUGACCUUCAACAGCUUUGAUGUCCUUGAGAAGAGCACCACUCUGCAGGUGCUUUGUGAGAAGCAGCAGAAUGAAAGCUCAGAGGAACCUGCUAACAGGACUGGCGAGCGGGACUUUGGUCCGGCGGGUCAAAACUCAUCUAAACUCUACUUCCUUGGCAGCAACAGUCAAGGCCUCGCACACUCCGGCGGCCACAUAUCGAUGGACACCGUUACAGUAUCCGGUCAGGAGGGCGUCAUGGCCGACUGGUCCGGUGACAGCCACAGACGCAGCCUAGAGGACUUCCUCAACGGCAAAGACGCCAGUCAGAGAGCGGCCGAGAUGGAUGCCAGGCAGCCUCUUGUACCAGACGGCAGGAGGAGUUUACAGGGUUCAGACUGUGAUGACUGGCAUCUACAGGAGCACGACCUGGAGAACAUCGAGCAGGUCUCGCUGGACUCUUACAGUUCUAAUGAGCAGUCCGAUGACGGCUACCCACAAAUGGGUUUGGAUUUGGACACCAUAGACAGUGGCUUUCUGGAGUCAGACUGUUCCAGCCCCUCUGCGUUUGAUGGGAACGAGCAGAUCGAAACUUCAUCGCUGGAUGGCGUGGGACGCUCCCAUUCAAAUUAUGUCAAACAGUGGGUGGCUUUUACAUCAGUUCAAGUUGAUGCCCACCACAGCAAUGGAAAGUAGCUGUUCAUGGGAGUUUCUAUUGCUACAACAAACUAAAUCACAGCUGAAUAAUAGACAAUAGAAAGUGAAAGCAUCUACAAAUUGUUUGAAGACUUCACUGGUUGGACCUAACUUGCUCACAAUGUGUUUGUGAGCUGUUUUUUAUUACACUGAACUGUAUUUGUGGCAUAAAUGGACUCCUUAGACAUCAGCUGUGUGAUCACAGGACAUUGGUCUACAUUAAAACUGCAGGACAGUAUGUGUGGCUGCAUCUCAAUUUGCAUACUAUCAUUCCUUUAGGUCUAUAGACUUUAGUCAAGGUAGCGCCGUAUUUAAUAUGACAGGAUUGGAAAAGAGGCUGUGAGAGAAUGAAGUACAGUGCGUUCAAAGGAUUGUAGUGCUUUGACAAUAUACCAAUUGUUCAGCUGACGAAAAAAAAUUUAGUUGACAAAUUUUAUAAAACAGCUGUGAAUUGUGAAAAAGACCUGACCUAUGACCUUUAUACAGUGUGUGACGUUGUAAAGUCUGUAAGCCUGUCCUUUACAGCCUUGUUUUAAUCCAUGUUAAAUUCAAUAUGGUGUCUAACCUGAUUAAGUUCUGUAGUCAGAGGUUGUGCUACUAAUAAUAAUUAUUUGUCACUCUAAUGGACUGGGUUGUACUUUUUCUGUCAUACUCUAUUUUUAUAUUUCAGUAAAAUAUUGUAACACUAUCUUAAUGUGACUUUUUCACAAGAACUUCAGAAUCCCAUGAAUUGCUCUCUUCAAAUCCUACUUUUGAAA